AUGGCUUCGACCUCUACCGCCAAGCCAACAAAGGUCAGUUCCCACGACGCGUUGACAACACCACCACCGGCGCCCGGUGCGACGUUGCUGAUGCCUGGAUUGCAUGUGGUCGUGUGUGUGUGUGUGUGAGGUUCACAGAAGGGGAACGCGGCAUUGGCCUUGUUCGCGGGUGCGGCGGCCGGAGCGGUCGAAGGCGCCAUCACUUAUCCUUUCGAGUGUGCGUUCGGUACUUGAUCGAUGUCCUGAACGGACUGCACUCAUGCUCGCUGUGAUUUCGCGACCCAGUCCUCAAGACGGAAGCUCAAUUCGCCCAAAAACUCAACGACCGAUCAAAGGCGAGUUCACAAUCCCACCCAACCCCUUCCCAAACCAGCAAAACCACCACGAUCUAAACUCCAUCCUCCCUCCGACAGCCACCAGGCAUCAUCGGCAUCGCGAAGAACACCUACGCACGCCACGGGAUCCGAGGAUUCUACUCCGGUGUCGGCGCUCUGGUCGCCGGCAACUCACUCAAGGCUGGCGUGCGCUUCUUCAGUUAUGACAAGUUCAAAAAGAUGUUGGUCGAUAGGGAGGUGAGUUCAUCAUGGGCAUAUCCGUUGGUGGGGAUCGUUUGAGCUGAUUGGAGAUCGGUUACCGAAUAGGGCAAGUUGAGUGGGUCGAGGUCGCUGUUGGGUAGGUCGUGUUCAGUCUCUACUUCUGGGAUCAUACCCAAACGCUCACCUGUCCUGCCUACACAGCUGGCUUAGGAGCAGGCAUGUGCGAAGCCGUGUUUGCCGUCACCCCCUCCGAGACCAUAAAGUCAGUCUCCUCGCCACGAGCAAUCCCUUCCGAGCAACAACUCACCACCCUGUUAUUUCAGAACCAAAUUGAUCGACGACCAAAAACGCGCUCAACCGAGAUACACCGGUUUGAUCCAGGGUACGAUGGCGAUCGUCAGGGAGGAAGGUAUCGGUGGCAUUUACAGGGGAUUGGGACCGGUCGUACGUCACCAGAAUCGACGAUCGGUAUCAAUCUGUCAGGUUCACUGAUUCCUUUCUCGCUCAGGCUGCAAGGCAAGGGGCCAACUCGGCAGUCCGAUUCACCAGUUUCUCCACUCUCAAAGUACGGUCUACUCUAACCCUUGAUACCGAACCCCGACCCAAUCUCUAAUCCCGAAUCUCCAUGUUCUCUGCUCAACAGUCCUUUGUCUCGGGUAACGCCCGACCGGGGGAAACAUUACCUGCCGGAAUCACCUUUGGGAUCGGUGCCGUCGCUGGAGUGAUUACAGUUUACACGACCAUGCCAUUAGAGUAAGUGCAAGUGGUCCCCUAACCCAGAAUCCAACUAAUCUCUCACGUCCCCUUCCGGAAAAAAAAUCUCCCCCCAGCGUGAUCAAAACCCGAAUGCAAUCGCUCUCCGCUCGAACCGAAUACCGCAAUUCGUUCCACUGCGCCGCUCGAAUCUUCGCCGAGGAAGGUUUGUUUCGAUUCUGGAAGGGUGCGACGCCUCGUUUGAUGAGGUUGGUGUUGAGUGGUGGGAUCGUGUUUACGGUUUAUGAUCAGUUGAUGAACCUCAUGGGCGCUGGAGGGGUCUAG